AUGCCAGAACCAGAAAUAAAAGACUUUGCUGCUCAACAAGCUGUCGAAGUCUACACAAAAGGAACAAAAGCUUGGUUUCCUGAUAAAGAAGAAGGCUGGGUUUCUGCUUCUUGUAAAUCUAAUGAUAUUGUAGACGACAAAGUGACUCUUACUUUUGAGGACGAUACAGACGGAAAAGAACAUGUAUUUGAGUCCACUUUCUCUCUUAUUAGUAAAACCAACGGUUCUACUUUACCUCCACUAAGAAAUCCACCGAAAAUGGAAUACACAGAUGACUUGACAAAUCUGAGUUAUUUAAAUGAACCUGCAGUCUUGAAUACGAUUAGAACAAGAUACAUGCAGCGUUUAAUCUAUACAUAUUCUGGUAUCGUUUUGAUUGCUGUGAAUCCGUUUGCUCGUGUAUCGCUUUAUGAGCCAGAUAUUGUGCAACAAUACUCGGGAAAAAGACGCGGAGAACUAGAGCCUCAUCUGUUUGCCAUUGCGGAAGAUGCCUAUCGUUGCAUGAAGAGAGAAGAAAAAAACCAAACGAUUGUCGUGUCGGGUGAAAGUGGUGCUGGUAAGACUGUCAGUGCUAAAUUUAUCAUGCGAUACUUUGCUACUGCAGAUGAUCAGGAAAGUUCCAGUAAAAAGAAAAAAACAGACGGAUCUAUGACCGAGGUUGAGGAACAAAUUUUAGCUACAAAUCCUAUCAUGGAAGCCUUUGGUAAUGCAAAAACGACUCGUAACGACAACUCUUCAAGAUUUGGUAAAUAUAUUGAGAUUCAGUUUGAUAUGGAAGCAAACAUUAUUGGUGCCAAGAUCAGAACCUAUCUUUUGGAAAGAUCAAGAUUAAUUUUCCAGCCCGAGACAGAAAGAAAUUACCAUAUAUUUUAUCAGCUUUGUGCUGGAGCUCCUUCAAAAGAGAAAAAAGAUUUUCAGCUGGGUACAUAUUCUGAUUUUCAUUACCUCAAUCAAAGUGGCACAGGAGAAAUUGCUGGUGUAAACGAUAUAGAAGAAUUUGAAGUGACACAAAAGGCUUUAUCCACAGUUGGUCUAUCAGUGGAUUUGCAAUGGAAAAUAUUUCGUAUACUAGCUGCCUUGCUUCACAUUGGUAAUAUCAAAGUAACAGGGCGCAAUGAUGCUUUAGUAUCCGAUACAGAUGAGGCACUUGCUAUUGCAACCAAGUUGCUAGGCAUCAAUGCCAGCGAUUUCAGGAAAUGGAUUGUGCGAAAACAGAUCAUUACUCGAUCAGAGAAGAUUGUCACUAAUCUAAGUCCUGCUCAGGCACAUGUAGUCAAAGAUUCAGUAGCAAAAUAUAUUUAUUCCAACUUGUUUGAUUGGCUUGUAGGCAUUAUUAAUGACAGUCUAUCUUGUCCAAAUGACGACCAAAUCAGAAACUUUAUUGGUGUCUUGGAUAUUUACGGUUUUGAACAUUUCAAGAAAAACUCGUUUGAACAAUUCUGUAUUAACUAUGCCAACGAAAAACUUCAACAACAGUUUAAUCAACAUGUAUUCAAACUAGAGCAAGAAGAAUAUAUGCGCGAACAAAUUAACUGGACAUUUAUUGAAUUCAGUGACAAUCAAAAGUGCAUUGAAAUGAUUGAAGGAAGAAUGGGUAUUUUAUCACUUUUAGAUGAGGAAUCUCGUUUACCUGCUGGUACAGAUCAAGGCUUUUGUCAAAAACUAUAUGACAACUUUAGUACUCCAGAUUACAAAAACUAUUUUAAAAAGCCUCGUUUCUCUAAUGCCGCAUUUACAGUUGCACAUUAUGCUCAUGAUGUUCAAUAUGAAGCUGAAAACUUUUUAGAAAAGAACAAAGACUCUUUGCCAGAUGAACAUCUUCAGUUACUUCAAAACUCUGAAUUCACGUUCUUGCCAGAUAUUCUUGCCAAGUCUACAGAAGCUGCUAAUGCUGUUGCAGCAGUUGACAACAAAAGAAAGAGUAUGAUUGCUAGAAAGCCUACACUUGGCUCUAUCUUUAAAAACUCUUUGAUUAGCUUAAUGGACACUAUUGGAGAAACAAACGUGCAUUAUAUUCGUUGUAUUAAGCCUAAUGAAGCCAAGGUGGCCUGGGAAUUUGAAGCGCCUAUGGUACUUUCACAACUUCGUGCAUGUGGCGUGCUAGAAACCAUUCGUAUCAGUUGUUUAGGUUAUCCCUCUCGUUGGACAUUUGAAGAGUUUGCUGAUCGUUAUUAUGCCUUGGUAUCUUCCAAACACUGGGAUCCAAAAGUCAACCCAAACGUCAGGGACCUAUGUCAAGUUAUUCUGGAUAGUUGCAUUAAUGACACAGACAAAUAUCAGAUAGGUCAGACUAAAAUCUUUUUCCGUGCUGGUCAGCUUGCCUACCUUGAAAAGCUACGAUCUGAUAGAUUCAAUGAUUGCGCUACUGUACUUCAAAAGAACAUUCGAAGAUUUGUAUAUCGUCAUCGAUAUAUGCGUAUGCGCGAGUUGGCUAUUCGACUUCAGGCUGUGGCUCGCAAGCAAGUUGCACAAAAAGCAUUGCGCAAACUCCAAGAAGAAAAAGCAGCCAUUGUUAUUCAAAAGGAAUUUCGUAGAUUUGCAGCUCGCAGAGAAUUUUUGGCAAAGAAAGAAUUUGCUGUCAAGAUCCAAAAAGUUGUUCGUGCUCGCAAUGCUCGCCAUAAGCAUAAAGAGCUCUUGGAAAACCAUGCAGCUGUGCAGAUUCAGCGUUGUGUUAGAGGAAUGUUGGCUCGUAAAUGGUACAAGACCCAAAUCCAACAUAUUGUUUAUUUGCAAUCUUGCGUCCGACGUCAUGCUGCUCGUAAGGAGCUUCUUACAUUAAAGGCAGAAGCUAGAUCUGCCAGUCACUUCAAAGAAGUUUCCUAUAAAUUAGAAAACAAGGUCGUUGAACUUACACAAACCAUCACCAUUCUUAAGACAGAAAAAAGUGAGUUAGCAAGUAAGGCCGCUCACUUUGAAUCACAAAUGUCAUUAUGGACUGAAAAACACAACAAACUUGAACAAGGCGCCAAGUCAAUAGAAGCCGAGUUGCGUGAAAAUAGGGUUCCUAGAGCAGAAUUUGAAGCCAUCCAACAAGAAAACCAGACUCUCAAAACUGAGCGCACAGAAGCUCUAGAAAAAGUAACAAACUUGACAACUCAAGUUGAACAGUUACAGCAAGAAUUGAAGAGUCAGAAAGAAACUAUUGUAAUCUUGGAAUCCAGAAAUAUUGAGGCUGCUCCUGUAAAUAACGAAGAGAUGACUGACUUAAAGGCCCAAAUUGUGGCAUUGAAAGCACAGUUGGCAAAGGCUAUGCAUACACGUCAAGGCACACUAUCUCCUGGUAGCCAAAACAAGAGCCGCUCUAUAUCACCUGCCAAUAUUAGAAAGCCUAUUUCUCGCCCUGUGGAAGAAAUUGAGGAAGCUAACUAUGUUAAGGCAUUACCACAAACAAAUAAGCUCACAAACCGCAAAAUUCGUCGCAACAGCUCUGCUGAAGUUACUAGCAGUCUUCCCAAGUCAUCAAUUGAUCAGCUACGAAGAGCAGAGACAUAUGGUAAGAGCAAGAACCCUCGCCCUACAUCUGUUGGCAUUUUGAACACACUUGCCGGUGGUAAAAGUAAUCGCCUAGAUAUUAUUUCUGACAACCCCGAAGAAGAAAUUAACGCUAUUUUGAGACAAGCAGAUCCUCUUCAGGAAGAAGUGUUUGAAGGACUUAUCAAGUCACUUAAGCUUCCUCUUCCUAGCGAGAAGAAUCCUCCUUCUCAAAAAGAAGUCGUGUUCCCUGCUCAUAUCAUUAACAUGUGCAUUAACGAUAUGUGGAGAAUCGGAUACAAUCGCGAAUCAGAAAGCAUGUUGUUUGGGGUUAUGGAUACAAUUCAAAAACAAUGUUUGAGUUUUACCGGAGAAGAUGCUAUCAUUCCUUGUGCUUUUUGGCUUACUAAUGUGCACGAAUUAUUGUCGCUGAUUGUUCAAUCGGAACAACGUCUUGAAUAUGAAAUGCAAGAACGAGGACACUCUAUUGGAUGGCGCGAGUUUGAAAAGCUAAUGCAAACCAUCAAGUUUGAAAUGCAAUGCUUAGAGGACAACAUUUUCCAUGCAUGGAUGAAAGAGAUCAAGCGCAAAUAUAGUAAGAUGGUCAUUCCAGCUGUCAUUGAAAGUCAAUCUUUGCCUGGAUUUAUUACAAACGAUUCUGGUAGAUUCCUUAACAAGCUUCUUUUGGGAUCAACAGGACCUGCCUUUAGUAUGGAUGACUUGUUAAGCUUCCUUAACAAAAUCUAUCGCACCAUGACUUGCUACUUUAUGGAACCUUCUGUUAUGAAUCAAGUAUUGAUUGAGGUGCUGAAAAUGACAGGUGUUACAGCAUUUAAUGACUUACUCAUGAGAAAGAACUUCUCUUCUUGGAAGCGAGCUAUGCAAAUUCAAUACAAUACUACACGUAUUGAGGAAUGGUGUAAGGGUCACAACAUUCCUGAGGGAACUCUUCAACUCGAACAUUUGAUGCAAGCAACGAAAUUACUUCAAUUUAAAAAAGCUACUUUGGAAGAUAUUGAGAACAUUUACGACGUCUGCUGGAUCUUAUCUCCCACUCAAAUCCAAAAGUUGAUUUCUCAAUACUAUGUAGCUGAUUAUGAAAAUCCUAUCCAGCCUGAGAUUCUUCGUGCUGUUGCUUCCCGUGUAGUCAAUGGCGAUAAAGAUGAUGUUUUACUCUUGGAUUCUAUCCCCAUGGAUGACACUACGACUAUUUAUGAAGUUCCCAGUCCUCGUGAAACAAAAUCAUACCUUUAUCUACCUGCGUGGUUGAACUUGAAGCGCAUCCGUCGCUUGAUCUUGUUGGAAAAUGCAUUGGCUAGUCGAGAAGCAGAUGCUAAACAAGAGGAUCUAUCAAUCACUUCUGAACCAAAAGCCAUUUUAACGACCUAA